CUUUUAGUGUCCAUUAUUAAAAGAUGUAACUCAUGACCUUUAACCCUAGCAGCUGUUUUUGUGUCCAAAUAUCUCAGUCAGGUUGUCGUUUGUUAUGGUUAUACAGGCUCGGCACAUAUUACUUCAAACCAAAACAGUUAUUCGAUGCAUACGUUUCAUUAGCACAAUACGAAACAGACAUAUAAUGCCACUAAAAUUUGCCGCAAACAUCUCUAUGAUGUUUCAAGAAAUACCAACUUUAGAAGGGCGGUAUGCUGCAGCUAAAAAAGCUGAAUUCAAAUAUGUGGAAUUAACUUUUCCAUAUGACGAACCCAUCGAGAAAUUGAAAGCAGCCAAAGAAAGUGCAGGGCUAGAGCAAGUUCUCAUAAAUGCAUAUCCUGGUGAUUAAUCAAUUUCAAAUUUAAAUAAUUAAACGUAUCCAUAUGAAUAUGGCAGGGCCAUUUUGGUCAUAGUCAUUGGUCAUGUCAUAGUUAUAGGCAUAGGCCCUAUGAUAGGGUUAUACUACUAUUACUUUGUUAAUGUUAUGUCACUCACUUCACUAUGACUACUAUAUGACUAUAUUAGACUAUAUUAUUAUAUGUUAUUAAUUAAUAAAAUUAGUAAAACAGAGUAGGGUUGAACCUGAAAAAAAUACACGCAACAAAACAGCGAACGUGUCGGCAGAAAGCCUUCGUCAGCGAACAAAACAACAGAAAAAACGGUAUAAAAAUAAGAAAUAGCACUUAGCUGGAAAGUAGUAUCUGUGGGCAGCAAUAGAAGUGUGGCAGAAGGAAAAUGAGUGAGAGUUUAAAUAAGCAGCGGUGAAAAAAAGGGGGAGAAAAAUGUUCACUGUGAUAGGUCAGAACGUGGAGGGGCGGAGCUAGGGUCAAGCUGUGAACAGAGACAUAACAUUAAUCCCGUCUGGCGUCAAAGUGCCGUAAGUCAGGAUAAGUCUGUGUUCCAAAUUGACCCGGCUGGUGGUGUUCGUGCUAGCCACAAUCGCACUUAUUGAAAAGUCCGCCUUGCCCUGGUGGUCACUACUAUUGAAGUGUCUGGAGACGGGACACUAUUUAUCUUGUGUAAUGUUUCGGAGGUGUUCGGUACACCUGUCAGAGAGACGGCGUCCAGUCUCCCCUAUGUAUGUCAUCUGACAGCGAGUGCAGACAAUGGCGUAGAUAACGUUGCGGCUUGUACAGAGGAAACCAUCGCGUAUCUGAAAACUGCCCUUGGGGAAACUUAUGCGUUCAGUCUGGACGACAAAAGGGCACGUGUUGCAACGACUGCGUCCACACGGCUUGGUCCCAAAGUGGGAGGGGGGAGCAUUGAUACGACUGCGUACAAGGAGGUCUCUCAGAUUUUUAUUAAUUAAUACUUUGUUAUAGUUAUGUAUGUUAAAACUAUGUAGUAGGUAGCCUAUAUCUAUACUUAACCAAUUACUGUUCAGUUAAAAAAGACCAGAUAAAUAAUUACUCAGACUCAGAAAGCUUAAUAAUAAUAUUAAUAAUCCUUAGUCAAGUUAACCAAAUAAUUAUAACUACUAAAUCUAAACUACUUUGAAUUUGAAAUUAAUAAUUAUAACAUCAGAUAUAUAAUUAUAACUCUAACAGGUAUAUAGUAUACUAACAGUAUUCCUAUAUGUAAAAUGUACUAGGCCUAAUUUUUAAAUUAUAAGAAAAUUUGGUAAUCCUCAGAACAGUGGUCCCAAAUGUCAAACAUAAUACGUUAAGUUAUAAAGUGCCCAACUACUACCAGCCUAAUAGCAGCAGAUAAUUGGUGAUAUAGUUUUUUACUUUUAAUUUUAUUUUCUGGGUAAUUAUUGCUUGUAAUAAUAUAAAAUAAAAAUAAAAAUUCAAUGGUUAACAGACCGCAAGCGCUGGUUUAUAUUUCAACUAAUGUUUUGCCAAGAAACAUUCUGCCAGCAGUGCCAGUUGAUUUAUUGCUGGACAUAUUUUUGCUCCGGGGGGGGGGGGGGGGGGGGGGGGGGGGCACUUGGCUUUCCCCCCCGAGAUAUAGUUGAAAGAAACCCUGAUGACACCAUGCUUUGGUUAGUGUGGCUGGCUGAACACUGUCUAAUAUGAAAGAGAAAUUAAAUAGAGAUAACUUUUUGUUUUUGUUUCUCUCUUGCAUUUUUCUUUAUUUUUCUCUCGAAAAAAAGAUAGUGGUGAAAAAAUGGAUAAGCUUAGACGUAAACAAUUAUGUCACCAAUUAUUGGCCACUAUGAGGCUGGUAGCGGGGCACUUUCUAACGCAAAGGCUACUAUUUGACAGUUAGGACCACCGUUCUGAGGUUUACCAAAAAUUGGGAAUGACUAGAGGUGUCUAAACAUUGAAAAUUUAUGUGAUGCAACAGCUUGAGGGUUUAUUCCAAAUAUUUAUAUCACUGUAUACAGGAAGCUUAAAAGCUGGAGACCUUGGCCUUGCAGCACAACCUGAUAGAGUCAACGACUUUAGAGAAGGACUGGAAGCAUCUAUUCUGUAUGCUAAUGCUUUGAAUUGCAAAAGGUGAUUUUUGAACUGUAAACUUUGAACUAAGAUAUUGUUAAACUUAAAUGAAUUUCUGUUAUACGUAAGACCCAAAUAUAUUUAAAAAGUCACAUCAAUAAUGUUUUGACAGCAACAUAUUUUUAAAAUGCAGGAUAAUUCAUUGCCAAAUAAAAUUUAUGUUGCAGAAUGCACAUAAUGGCUGGCCGUAUACCAGAAGGUACUGACGCAGCAGGAAAGGAUAAAAUGAAAAAGACGUACUUGGAGAACUUAAAAUAUGCAGCUGAUAGACUUAAUAAAGUAAGUGUUUGAUAGAAUAACUUUAAAAAAAAUAUAUAUAUAUUUAAAAAAUCAACAAUUUAAGCAAUUAUUAUUGUGGACUUCAUUAGAAAUUUAAUUUGGUUCCUAAGCUCCCCCCCUCCUCCCUUUCUCUCUUCCCCCCUCUUCCCCUCCAAUAAAAAAAUACAUAAUUUUUUUUAAAUAUUUGACAGCAAAGAGAAAAUAAUUGAAUCUGUUUUUACUUCCAGGUCCUUUCCUGCUCUAAAUCUGUGAUGUUCAGCAUGAAGUUAAAAAUGUCAGAUUUUUUACUUUAACUGAUUAUAAGAUGUCAUUUAAAAAAAAAAAAAUUAAGAAAUAUGAUUAGUUUACUUGAUAUGGAGCUUCUUUUACUUAACAGGAAGGAAUUCUUGCAUUGAUAGAGCCAGUUAACAACAGACUUUCUGUUCCAGGUUAUUUUAUGCACAAUCCACAUGAAGGUUAGUUUCAUUCAUUGCCAAUUGUUAGUUUUCCACAAAAAAAAUAAACAUUAUUUCCAUUGUUGAAUAUUAAAAAAAUGUCACAGUGAUAAAUUAUUAUGCUAGGUCAGGGGUCAGGAACCUUUUCAUGGCAAAGAGCCAAAUAUUAAAUUUUGAUAUAGUAACUAGUAGUAUCUAAGAGUUACAUGAGAAAGAUCAAAGAGCUGCAUGGGGUUUGUGAGCCCCCACGUUCCCGACCUUAGUUUGUUGUAGGUACUAAUCUUUAAGAUGUUAAAAUGUUCAGUGUAGUUGGAUUUUCUGCUUUACACUGUCAAAUAUUGACAGUUUAGGCAAUGAAACACAAGUAAUGUAACACAUUCUAAAUUCAUAGUUUUUUUUUUUUCCAGGUCUUGAGAUUGUGAAAACUUUGAACCAUCGAAAUCUCAAACUUCAGUUUGUAAGUUUUCUUAUUUUCUGUUUUGAUCUUUAAAUUUUGUAACUCGUAUACUUUUUUAGCAUAAAAUAUUAAGCCACAGAUAUUUUGGCUAAAUAACAGUGGCAUCACUUCUAUAAAUAAAUUUCAUACUAAUAUUUUUACUUUUGGUUUAACAGGAUAUUUUCCAUGUGCAAAUAAUGGAUGGAAAUUUAACAAAGAAUUUGCAAGAUUUUUUGCCAUUUGUGGGUAAGAAAUGUAGAAAGUUUAACCAUCAUAAAACAAGCACAAUCAAGGCUUUAAAUGUAUUUUUAUAAAAUGAAAGAUUAAGAUGUGAAUUGUACGUCUUAAAAGAAGUUUUGAAAUCAAUUUAAUCUUAAUCAUAUCUUAGGCCAUGUACAAUUGGCACAAGUUCCUGACAGGGGAGAACCUGAUGAUCAAGGGGAGAUAAACUUUCCAUAUGUGUUCAAAGUUUUAGAAACUCUUGGAUAUGAUGGGUUUAUUGGACUGGAAUACAAACCCAGAGGUAAUACCAUAAUAUUAGAAUAUAUAUCAACAAAGUUGAUCCAAAGUUGGCUGCAUGAAAAUCAACAAUGAAUUCAUUUCAUAGUAAUUUACACUUGGAGAUUUAUUUUAUAUAAUGUAUAUAAUUUUAUAUAAUUGGUUUAAAGUGCUUUAAAAAUGUGCUCCUCCCUAACAAAGGAAAUACUUUUUUUUUCUUUUUUUUAAAUAACACACAAAUUUCAAUUUUAAAUAAAGAGUAUAUUUGUUAUUUAUUUAAGGUAAAACAGAGGAUGGUCUGCAAUGGUUAAGAGCUCUUGGAUACUAAAUUAACACUUCAUUGGAGUCACUAGUGCCUAAUAUCAUUUUCAUGAAUUAAUCAGAAGAUUAAGUUUUUCACAAGAUAAACAAUAAUUUAUUUGAUAUCAUCAUGUUCUUUUUUAAUAUGUUAUCCGAAUCAAUGAUUUGAAUAUUUUUUGUUUCUUUAUCCAAUGUUAACAAAAAUAAAAAGAAAUUUUUUAGGCAAUGUACCCUUAAACUAAACAGAAAGGGUAUCACUGCUCCAUUGACAUUUUUUGUUUGUUUGUUGAAAUUAACAAAAACCUGGAAAACUAAUUUUUAUUAAUGACUUAACUGAGAUAAAGCAAAUUUUUAAUUAUGUAUAGCAGGCCUGCACAACAUACGACCCUCUUUGCAGCCCGCAAAGUAAUGAAAUAUUCUUUUUUAUUAUUAUUUUAUUUAAUAACUUCCCUCCCCCCAUCCUAUUUUCUUUCGGCACAUACAAAUUUUUAAUAAAGUAUUACGGCCCGCCUUACAUUUUAAGUUGUGCAGGCCUGAUAUAUAGUAGAAAAAAGAUGUCAAUCAUGAUCAGACAAUGGGUAAAUAUAAUUCUCAGGUUUAAUAUAAUGCAUAGUUUUUCUUUCUUCUUUACAUAAUUAGUUAUUUUUAAAAUAAAAUUUAAUUUGUUUUUCCUAGAGAUUGAUAGAAACGUUUUAAAAAAAAUUAGCUGCUUUGUCUCAAAUUUAGGUUAUUAAUAAUUUAUAAUCUGAUUAAUCUUCUGUGUGUUAUUCAGUGCUUGGUAUUUAUUUUAUAUGAAAAAUGGUUCUUUUGAUAUGUAUUAAAUUGAUCUGAAAAUAUUCAAAUAUAUAGGCUACAGGCUAAAACAUUUUAAACAAUAUUUAAGACACAUAAUCACUUUAAUUUUGUGGUAUUUUAAAAAUAAUUGCAUUUAUUUAUGUAAUUCCAAGGUUUUUUUUAAUGUGGGUGCGAUUUCUUUAUUUAAUAUUUAAUUCAAAAGAAAUAUUUUGAGUCACUCCCAGCAUUUUAGAAAGAUCAUCUGUUUGUUUAUUGAUUGAUGUAUUUACGAGAGACCAUCAAAACUAAACAGAAAUAAUCCAUUAAAAAAAUGUUUGUUGAUUUGUUUUAAUACAAUAAAAAUGAACAACUCAAAACACAAAGAAAAUCAUUCACAUUUUAUUUCCAUUAUGUGCAAUAUCACAGAUAAUUAGGACGGCUUAUUUAGGAUAUGUAUCGGUCAGCCUUUCCAUUAAUGGACAUUU